UCUCCCAAUCUAAUUUUCCGGACCUCUCAUCUUCGGAUAUCUUUUGAAAAUGAGUGAUGAACCGGAAAUGAAAAUCGAACCUACCAGAGCCGCGGCUCUAAUCUCACAGCUUGCUGGCGUCAGUGAGCGGGCUGCCGCCGCUGCCAAGGGCAGAAAUGUCCGCCUUGUCGCGGUUUCCAAGUUGAAGCCGGCAAAUGAUAUCUUGGCUUUGAGUCAGCCUCCGACGUCGCAUUUGCACUUUGGCGAGAACUAUGCCCAGGAGCUGAGCCAGAAGGCGGAGUUGCUGCCGAAGAGUAUCCAGUGGCACUUUAUCGGAGGGCUUCAGUCUGGCCACUGCAAAUCCCUCGCCAAAAUUCCCAACCUCUUCUGUGUCUCCAGCGUUGACACCCCCAAAAAAGCCCAACUCCUCGACGAGUACCGGGGCAAACUCCUAUCCACCUCCCCCGACGUCCCUAAACUCAACAUCCACGUACAAGUCAACACAUCCGGCGAGGAAUCUAAAUCCGGCUGUUCCCCCGGCGCGGAAACCGUAUCCCUCUGCCGCAUCAUCGAGCAGGCGCCCAAUCUGCACCUUUUAGGUUUGAUGACCAUCGGCGCCAUUGCACGGAGCGUGGCUACAACCCCCGAGAACGAGAAUGAGGAUUUUGUGUGUUUGAGGGAGCAGCGGGAUUUGGUGGUUAAAGAGUUGAGGUUGGAUGGGAGGGAACUGGAGUUGAGCAUGGGGAUGAGUGAAGAUUUUGAGGGGGCGAUUGCGUUGGGAAGUGGGGAGGUUAGGGUUGGAAGUACGAUUUUUGGAGUUAGGGGGCCGAAGAGUGAAGCCAAGAUUACGGUUUAGACUAGGGAGCGAAACAAGUAUUACUUAUGUGCAUGCUGCUCUACACGGGUCGUGGUGGGUAUGUUGAGAGUGAAGGAUACCGGGAUCAGUUGAGGACAGUUGAAUUUCCAAGAUAAGACCGAGCCAGGCGUCGUCAAAGUCUCAUGGGCCAGCUUACUUUGUAGGAGACGUGCAACCCAACGUGAGUUUGGUGCGAUGAGUGGCUUUGCACCUGUAACACAUUUAGGAGGGACGACCAAUAUGCCGGUUUCAUUACAAGGCUGCCAUAGACACGCUGGGGUGGCACAACUCAUACAUACUCAGAGAACAAAACGGGAUAAAGAAAGGACGUAUAUACGGUAUACAUCAUCAUAGACGGGCAAGUACG